AUGCGCAGACGAAACGUCGCUGGGCUGGCUCGUGGAGCGGAUCGGCGGCAUCACUCCGUGGGAGAGCGCCAGGCUCAAGGUGGUGGGCAGUGGGCGCUUCAAAGGCAGCACAGGGCGGUGGUUUGGGUCCCGGGACCUGCCGAGGGCGCGGCCACGGUCUUGAAGCGGCUGAAAAGGCAGAACCCGGAUCUUGUCACCGGAAACUGGAAGGUGUUCGCGGAGGGAGUAGGGGCCACCAAGGAAGGUGGGAAUCUAGUUUUCGGCGUCCCGGAGUCUAGUGUCCUCAAAUUGAGGACGCUGGACUUCAAACCAUUCUUUGGGCUCGAUAGAAUUGCCUUUUGGGACGUUGCGGCUGUAGAAGUGGAUUUCACUGCUGACUCCGGUGACAGGAGGAAAAUGGUCGUUUGCUCGGCCUACUUCUCGCAUGACGAGGGGGAGGCAGUGCCGCCUGCACCGGUGAUAAAACUGGCAGAAUACUGCCAAGAGAAGCGGCUUCCUCUGAUCAUGGGAUGUGACGCUAACGUGCAUUACACUGUGUGGGGAAGCUCGGACACCAACGGAAGAGGAAGGAAAGUGUUGGAGUUCCUAGCAUCCACGGAGAUUCUCAACACGGGAGACGAGCCCACCUUCUGCACUAUAACGAGAAGAGAAGUGCUCGACAUCACUGUCUGUUCCAGGCAGUUGAUACAGGAGGUAGUGGAAUGGAGGGUCUCGACGGAGCCUUCGCUCUCGGACCACAGGCAGAUCACCUUUAGGAUAGAUAAGGCUAAGGGGAAGGAGGUCAAAUUUAGGAACCCGAAAAGAACCAAGUGGGACUCUUAUAGGGAAGACCUGGCCAGUAGUCUCAGAGACUUCCCUAAAAGGCACGGGACAGAAGACGAACUGGAGACCUGUGUGGACUACUUGCAGAGGUCUCUGGUAAACUGCUACGAAAGUAAUUGCCCCGAAAGGGCGGUUACAAAUAGUAGAGGAACUUCCUGGUGGACCCCUGGACUGCAGGGUCUCAGAGUGGCGGCUCGCAGGGCCUGGAAUAGAGCUAGGAACACGGGCCGCCAAUCCGACUGGGAGCUCUAUAGGAGGGCACAGAAAGAGUAUAGAGACUCUGUGGUUAGGGCGAAACUGGAAAGCUGGAGGAAGUUUUGCGAGGAAGUGGAGGGAAUGCCCGAAACGGCAAGAAUCUGCAGGAUCCUCGCUAGGAACCCGGAUGCGACCCUGGAAGCCAUCGCACUCCCUGAUGGGACGGUGGUAACUGGAGAGCGAUGUCUGGAGCAUCUACUGGAAGUGAUCUUUCCGGGCUUCCAUAGGGAGCCGGGAGAGCUAUUUGCAUAUAAGGAGCUGGGCUCACUCAGAAAAGCCCGACAAGCGGAUUGGCGAAUGGCGGCCAAAAUUGUUAUGCCCGAGAAGGUCAAAUGGGCAAUUAACACCUUUAAGCCCUACAAGUCAGCGGGACCGGAUGGCGUCUUUCCGGCUCUUCUACAAGAGGGACUGGAACAGAUCGUGGGCGCCCACUGA